AUGGCGAUGCCACUCUGGUUGCUGCGUGGCAUUACCACAGAGCUAAGGACGGCUCUCUCCACCUCCUCUGAAGGCUUUCUUUUAAGCAAGCAUAUCACAUACGCCAUCACCGCCGCGUUGCAAGGUACCGUGAUCCUGUCUUCACUCGUGAACCCGAACUCGUCCUCCGACAUCCUCAGGAGUUCCCCGAACACCGUUGUACUGAGGUACACGCUUGUGUGCUAG